UCGUUGAGCGAGACACAUGUCCCUAGUAAAACCCAAGUAAACUUCACAAUCACCGAACGAGGCGUCGGGCCAGUCGAGUUAUAUUUCCUACAGCACAGUGUUGCCUAGGAUAAGCUUGAUAGGCAAAUCAAGGAGUGGUCUGACUUGGUUUCCACUCGAGGCAGGACAUUAACCUUGAAGAUCUCCUUUAUCUUCAGCGAAAUCACCACCCUAGACACACCGGACAAACCGCCACGGUGUGGAGGCCCUGCCACAAACAGGCAAUUCGCUCAGCGUAUACAUUUCCAAAACAAUCCAGAGACUGCUAGCUCAUAUAACACUUGGGAGGCUGUUGUUAGUAUUCUUGAGUGCCCAGGCCAGUGCAACAUUGGCCCAUAUUGCUGGGAAGACCAAGAAGAUAACAAGAGAUACCCUGUUGAUAACACGGUUAUGGAAGAUCUUGUCGGCUUAGUUAUGAAGGGUCGGCGUUUUGAAAUACAUGCCGACAUGCCUCCACACUUGGCAGAGAGGCUGCGAAAGGUAACGAAAGUCAAGAAAAGAAAGGAGAGUCCUGGCAUUCAUAUUACGAAUGUGAUUGGUAGCUCACCAGCGAAGCGACCUAGAAUCCCCGAGACCAUCGAAGGCGCUAUUCGUGAAUAUCGUAAUCGACUCUGUUCGCAGACUGAUGAUCCUAAGCGUAUCAGUGCGAUUGAUGCAAUCGCAAAGUUUACGGAGGAGCAACUGUUCAACUUGAACAACCUGACCAAGGAGCACAUUGAUUACUUUGUAUUAAACAAGUUCCCACUAGGCAUCGCAACGCAAUGGGUAAUGGAUGUUGAUGAAUAGAGAAACGAACUGGCGGAGGAACAACAACCAACGAAGGAAGUAUCUUGACCUUCUAUACAAAGUUAGCGCAAAAUUUGAUAUUUUU